AUGUUCCUCCUGGCUCAGACUCUGGCACUGCUGGCAGUGGCCCUUGUGGCCAUCCAAGUGGUACCCCUGGCCAUCGCCCAGAAGUCCUUUGAUGACCGGCGCCUGGAGUGUAACCUUCGCCCGACCAAGGUGACGUCACAACCGAGGAGCAUCGAGUUCCUGCAGAAUGUCGAGUUUGCCCAGCUCUGGUCUGAGGCCAGGGCCGCCUGGCAGGCACGGGGGAGCCCCAUGGCCCCUCUGAGCCAGGAGGAGGCCAUUGCCCUCAUGAUGUACACCUCGGGGGAUGUGCACAGGUCACUCAAUGCGACCAUGCACGAGGUCAGGAGCUCCCGCCAGCAAUACCGGAACAACUUCCACUUCAAAACGCUGCAUUUCCUGCUCACCCGGGCCCUGCAGAAGCUGAGAGACCCCAACAAGUGCCAGGACGUGUUCAUGGGGAUGAGGGGACUCCAAUUCCAAGUGAAGCCUGGUGCCAGAGUUCGCUUCGGUGACUUUGAAUCGGCGUCACAAAGCCACGAGGUCUCAGCCCAGUACGGCAAUGACACGAUGUUCUACGUGCACACAUGCCACGGCGCCGACAUCCAGAAAUUCUCUAACAAUACCAACGAGAUGGAGGUGCUGAUUCCUCCCUUUGAGGUCUUCGAGGUUGCCAAUGUCACUCGGGAAGGGGACACGAUGAACAUCGAGCUGCGCUCCACUGGGAGCUACGACUGCGAGGAGGAGCCGACAGAUCAUGAAGGCCACCAGGACCCCCAGAGAAAUGAGGCCACCAACGCCGUUGUGGCCACCAUGGUCACUGUGGCCACUGUGUCCCCUAUGACCACUCUGGCCACUCUGGGCAUUGGAACCACCAUGAUCACCAUGGCCAUUGUGGCCACUGUGGCCCAUGAGGCCACCUUGGCCACCGUGAUCAGUGUAACUACUGAGGCCACCAUGGUCACCGUGGUUACAGGGUGA